GUCCGGCCGCCCAGUCGGGGUUUCUCUUCUCGCGGCGAGGAGGCGCCCGCGGUGCCAGGCGCGGCCAGCGGCUCCGCCGGUACCGCGGGGGCGGGGUCAGCGGGGGGCGGGGCGCCGGGCACCGCGGGCGGCAACGCCACCAACGCCGCCGCCGCCGCCGCGCUCGGGCUCUAGCUCGGCGCACUCCCUCCGCGGCCGCCGAGCCGAGCGGACGCCCCCGGAGCCGCGCCGCAACCCUGCGCGCUCCCCCCUAUCAUGCCCCGAGCCCGGGCCGGGGCCGCCCCAGCAGCCAGGACACCAUGCCCGGGGGCGGCGGUGGCGACGGCGGAGAGGUGCCCGCGCUCAUCCCGGACGGCGAGCUGCGGGAGGAGCAGCGGCCCUUGAAACAGUCCCUGGGAAGCUCCCUGUGCCAUGAGUCGCACUGGAAGUGCCUGCUCCUUACACUGCUCAUCCACGCCUGCGGGGCUGUGGUGGCCUGGUGUCGCCUGGCCACGGUGCCUCGACUGGUCCUGGGGCCUGAGGCAGCCUUGGCCCGCGGGGCUGGGGGCCAGCCGCCCACUUACCCCGCCAGCCCCUGCUCCGAUGGCUACCUGUACAUCCCACUGGCCUUUGUUUCCCUCCUCUACCUCCUCUACCUGGCUGAGUGCUGGCACUGUCAUGUGCGGUCCUGCCAGGCACCACGCGCUGAUGCCAACACCGUGCUCGCCCUGAUCCGCCGGCUGCAGCAGGCCCCGCCCUGCGUCUGGUGGAAAGCCACCAGCUAUCACUACGUGCGGCGCACACGCCAGAUCACCCGCUACCGCAACGGUGAUGCCUAUACCACUACGCAGGUCUACCACGAGAGGGCUGACAGUCGCACAGCUCGUGGUGAGUUUGACUACUCGGCACAUGGCGUCCGCGAUGUCUCCAAGGAGCUCGUGGGCCUGGCCGAGCACGCGGCCACGCGGCUGCGCUUCACCAAGUGCUUCAGCUUUGGCAGCGCCGAGGCCGAGGCUUCGUACCUCACCCAGAGGGCCCGCUUCUUCAGCGCCAACGAGGGCCUGGACGACUACUUGGAGGCCCGCGAGGGCCUGCACCUGAAGGAUGUGGACUUCCGGGAGUCGCUCAUGGUCUUUGCUGAUCCGCGCAGUCCACCCUGGUACGCCCGGGCCUGGGUCUUCUGGCUUGUGUCAGCGGCCACGCUUUCCUGGCCCUUGCGUGUUGUGGCAGCCUACGGCACAGCCCACGUGCACUACCAGGUGGAGAAGCUUUUCGGCGCCAGCUCGCCUCCUCCGGGGGCUGUGCCCAGCGGGCCCCCUCUCUCCCGCGUGGCCACAGUGGACUUUACUGAGCUCGAGUGGCACAUCUGCUCCAACCAGCAGCUGGUGCCCAGCUACUCGGAGGCUGUGGUCAUGGGCGCCGGCUCCGGCGCCUACCUACGGGGCUGCCAGCGCUGCCGCCGCUCCAUCAGCAGCAACUCGCUGCCCCCUGCUCGGCCCACUGGGCCCCGCCUGCCCUUUAGCCGCAGCCGCCUCUCGCUGGGAGCCGGUGGCCGGGCCACACCAGGGGUCUUCCGCAGCCUGAGUGGGGGGCCGCUGGGGCGCCGUGGGGAGGACACGGAGCCCCUGGAGAGCCCACCCUGCUACGAGGAUGCCCUUUACUUCCCGGUGCUCAUAGUCCACGGGGACAGCGGCUGCCAGGGGGAUGGGCAGGGUGUGCUCUGAGAAGCCUGCAGCCCCCAGGGUAGCCUCCUCCUCAUCCCACCACAGGCUCAGAUGCCUGAGGAAUUGUCCAAAACAGGAGAGAAAAUAGACCAGCCACAUACCAGGGUGGGGGUGGGGAUGGGGAGCCUUAAACAGACUAGAAUGCAAUGAUCUGUGGUCAUUUGGGGGGUAAAUGGACACCACCUAAGUUGAAUCUCUGAACUGUCCCCAGCAUGGCUUCCCCUGCCCCACCAUCACAUUCCACUCCCCUACCUCCCCAUCCUCCACCCUGUGAUGGCAGGUGAUCUGGCCUGGAAGCCUCUCACACAGGGCAGGGAAGGAAGCUUCCAGAAAGGCUAAGAUGUGGAAAGAGUCCUGGAGACAGCUGUUGCCUACAGCAGAGGUCUGCUCAUGGGCUCUUCCCUGCCAGGGCUAAGGGAAGUCCUUGAGCAACCCAGAAGCACAAAUUGGUGGUUUGGGGCCUUGCUCAGCUGGGCUGGCCUUUCUGAAGCUAAGAGCUGGCUAUGGCAGCACCGUGGUCUUGGCCCCACUACCACCCUCAGUUCCCAUCUGCCUCCCCAGACAGAUGCACCUGAUUGGGUAUUGCCAAUGGGCCCUGCACUGGAAGCCUAGUUCCACCUCCUGCCCCCCAGUAACUCCCUGGUGCUCACUGCACCCCUGUGUCCACUUCCCCCUACAACCCGAGAUUCCUUCUCAAGGCCCCAUCAUGGCCUCCACUUUCCUUGGUCUCUGCUCCUGCCUCCCGAAGUCCAUGUCUGCCUCUGUCAGCCAGGCACAUGCCCUGGGUUUGUCCCUUCAUCACUGCACAGACUUCUCUGCUCUUCACCUUCCAGAUGGUCAUCAGGGAGCAAAGGCUGCAGGCUGCAGGGCAUCCAAGGGCUUGACCUCACCACAGCCUCUGGGACAAUACCCUUGCUCCACCAAGGAGGCCCCUGCCCAGACGACAUUGUCGCUCCCCCAGGGAGGGGAGAAUAGCACCUCCCUUCCAACUGGGGCUUCCACCCCUCUGGGGCCUAUGUAGGGAGGGAGGAGGGAGGAGGCAGGGAGAAGAUACAGAUUAAAUAAAGGUGUGAAAGGAAGGCCUGCUCUGUGCAUUCCU